GUAUCGGUGGUUGGCGUGGUUGGAGUUGUAAUAUUUUAUUGUUGCACAUUGUUGCAUAAAUAAUAAACUUUCCAGCUUGCCACCGGUUUUGUUGAAGUCGAAUUGUUGCAAAAAAAAGAAAGCCACAGCAGGUAAAAUUGUUGACAAAACUAACAAUAUUUCACUAAAUAUGGAAAAGGUGGAAGUUGAAGAAUAUCGAAUUACCGAUAAAUUCGCCUUACACAAUGCAAAUCUAUGUAAAAACUGCAAGAAACCUUUAAGCAUUCCUCCAAUUUACUGCGUGGAACAUCAGAACGGUUCAGUAACUGAAAUAUGCGGCCGAUGUUAUUACAUAGUUUACAAACAUGUUGGAAAUAAAUGGAGGCAACAUGCCUACGAAAAUGUGGCACAAUUUUUAACAUUUCCUUGCGCCUACAAAAACCAAGGUUGUAACGAAAUUUUAAAAUGGAAGGAAACGAUAGAACACGAGGCAAAUUGCAAAUAUCCGAUUAUCUCAUGCCCCGCUAAUGAUAAUGAAUUUUAUGUUGGGUUUUACUGCCCUUGGGAAGGUAGUGCACAACUUUUGAACAAUCACAUUCGUGAGACACAUCAGGGUACCUUCAUCGAUCCCCCACAUUUUAACGAGUUACCGGCUAGAAGCGAGGUGUACUUUACUCGGGCAUGUGACACUAUUUUCAUGAUAGUAUUUUUGAAGAAUGAUGAUAAUAAGUAUGGCUGUUGCGUAUUGGUCAGGGGCGGGGAACUUUCCGCUCAGAUGUACAGGUAUCAAAUAGAGCUAUUUGAUUCGACCAAGACGAAUUCUAUUAUCUUACGUAGAAAUAAGGUCGAAAAUUGGUUCAGUGUCGAAUCGACUUUAUGCAAUAAGAAUAACAUUCUAGAAAUUGACUGCAAUGUUAUAGAGAAUCUCAUCAAGCACAAUUGUUCCGAUAAGCGAAUUUCGGCCAAAAUCGGUAUUGUUAAGAAGAGUAGAAAGGAGAUAAAACAAAUUUUUGAAGCUGCGGGGCGCAGUUUUCCGGAUUCAGAACAUACGUCACAUCAAAAACCCCGUGAAGCUCCUGACGAGAAAUUGUUAUCUGAAUUGGAAUGCCCUGUUUGCAAUGAGUUCAUGGUACCUCCCAUUUAUAUAUGUUCAAAUGGCCACAGUUUGUGUAGCGAAUGCUUAACCAAAGUACAGACGUGUCCGAAUUGCCGAUGCGCUUUGGGCAACACCAGAAACUUCACCCUAGAAAAACUGACCACCAAAGUUCUGUACACCUGCAGAAACAAAGAGGCGGGAUGCGCGUUCGUAACGACAUCGGAAAAUAUUCGCGAACACGAAAGUUCGUGCAAUCUUACGACCAUUCCGUGUUUGUUGAAAUGCGGUCAAGAUUUCAGGAAGGCACAGUUAUGGCCUCACGUCACAGCUAAACACCAGGAAUCGAUUUUGAACACUGGAGAAAUCCAUAAAAGAGAUGUGCACGAUAAGCGGGAGAGUCAUUUUGUGUUUUUCACUUGCGGAGAGUUGUUCAGGUUUUCUAUUAAAGGUUCGUCGAAUCAACAAUACAAAUUUAACGUCCAAUGGAUGGCCGACGAAAAAGAGAAAGCCAAAUUCACGUUCGCUUUAGAAGUCAUUGAUAAGUCACCUUACAAAUUAACUUAUCAUGUCGUGAAUUUGGUUCAACCCAUGAACGAGACACCGUUCAAAACCGGAGCUGUAACGAUACCCUGGGACAUGAUCAAACCCUUCGUGUUGGAGAACGCGAGACACUUUCAUUUUAGAUAUAACAUUACGCAUAUCGAUGUUCCGGUAUCCGCCUAAAAAUCGACAACGUAUUUUAAAAUUGAAAUACACAAAACGAAUCUUCAUAUUGAUGGUAUUUAAAAAAAUUAUUUAGAAAAUAAUUGAGAAACUUAUAUUUUUUAUAUUCAACAUUCUGUGUAUCAGUAACAAAUUUGGCGCCCAACGUGGGGAAAUAAAUUAUUAUUUGAAAAGUUGCGUUACGAGUCAAUUAAUACGUAAAUACUAAAUAGCUCCUUAUCAGUGAUAAACGAUUAAAUUCGGUGCUGCCAGUUAUUACUUUUUGGGUAUAACUUUUAAUGAAUGAUUGGGUUGAUUUAGGAAGAAGUUUUAUAAGGUAUUCUACUACUCUUUAAUGAACGCUUUAUUUAUGACGAUUUCAGAUAAUAUAAGUCGUUGAAAUAUCAUCAAAUAUGAAGCUUUAGUUGUAAUAAUGUUGCACGGUGAAAAAUAUAAUUUUCCAUACUUAUCAAUUGUAAUAUAUAAAAGUCUGUGAUUUUGGAUACUAAUUUUAAUUCUACGACAAUGUUCAUUUUUUUGUAUUAUUUUUAAUUUCUAAUGUUAACAUUUGUUUUAUUUUUUUCCGGUGAUACCAACUGUUGUAUUUUAAUGGUUGAUUAUAUAAGUUUUAAUACCAAGUUUUUGUUAUUAAUUAUUGUUUUAUAUUGGCAUUAAUCUUUAUCGGACGGCUUUUCAUUACAGUCUAGUAAACAAAUAAUGAAAUUUUUUACUUUUAGUUAUAUAAUAAAAUCGUAAUAGUAUUUCUUGUGAUACAGCUUUCAUGAGAAGGCCACUUUGUGCCUGUUUUAUUAGAUUGGCAAAAAUUAAGCAAUUUGUUUCUUAUUUUGGAUUUUUAGCUAUAAGAUUGUUUCCUAAGUUACUUUAAUAAAAAAAAUUAAAAUUAA